AUGCUAUAUGGGAUUCCUGAUUACUUUGACGUUAUCCACAGCCCAAUGGAUUUGGGUACUGUUAAUAAUAAACUCACAAAAAAGCAGUAUGUAAGCAUCGAGGAGUUUGCAGCAGAUGUGAGGCUAACAUUUUCAAAUGCUAUGAAGUAUAAUCCUCCAGACAAUGACAUCCAUACUAUCGCUAAAGAAUUGAAUGGAAUAUUUGAUUCAAAAUGGGAAUCAGUGAAAAAGAAAUUUAGAGGCCCAAACCCAUUUCAAGAGCAGAAGACAAUAUUCACAAAAGCCUUUAAGAAGAGGAGGGGAGUUUGUGUAAGCAGUGAAUUGGGAGACUCGAGUACAGUCUUUGAGGUUGAGGAAAGCAGACUCACUAUAAAGGAUGGUGUGACAUCAAUUCCUACAUGUGAGCACCAAUCGUCUUAUGAACUCAAGGCUGAAAGUAUGAAUACUAGGAAGAUAAGGCGAUGCACAAAGAUCUUAAGGGAGCUCAUGGAUCACAAAAGUGGUUGGAUUUUCAAUCAACCUGUUGAUCCAGUGCUAUAUGGGCUUCCUGAUUACUUUGAUGUUAUCGGCAACCCGAUGGAUUUAGGUACUGUUAAGAAGAAACUCACUAACAAGCAAUAUGUAAGCACUGAUGAGUUUGCGGCAGAUGUGAGGCUAACAUUUUCAAAUGUCAUAAAGUAUAAUCCUCCAGGGAAUGAUAUCCAUGCUAUCGCUCAACAACUGAAUGGAAUAUUUUAUUCAAAAUGGGAAUCAGUGAAAAAGAAAUUUAGAGGCCCAAGCCCGGUUCAAGAGCAGAAGACAAUAUUCACAAAAACAUGUAAGAAGAGGAGGGGAGUUUGUGUAAGUAGUGAAUUGGGAGACUCGAGUACAGUCUUUGAGGCUGAGGAAAGCAGAAUCUCUAAAAAGGAUGGUGUGACACCAAUUUCUACAUGUGAGCACCAAUCGUCUUAUGAACUCAAGGCUGAAAGUAUGAAUACUAGGAAGAUAAGCCUGUGUGGAGAUAUCAUAAGGAAGCUCAUCGAUUACAAAGGUGGCUGA